AUGGAAAAGGCUUUUGGAGAUUUGGUUCUAUAUUGUGAGGCCUUUCUGACCACCUAUCGGACCUUCAUCUCACCAGAGGAGCUGAUUCAGAAGCUACAGUAUAGAUAUGAGAGAUUCUGUCACUUCCAGGACACGUUCAAGCAGCGUGUGAGCAAAAACACCUUCUUUGUGCUGGUGCGAGUGGUGGAUGAGUUAUGCUUGGUGGAACUGACAGACGAAAUCCUGAAGCUGCUGAUGGAACUAGUAUUCCGGCUGGUGUGUAAAGGAGAGCUCAGCCUGGCUCACAUGCUGCGCAAGAACAUUCUGGAGAAAGUGGAUAACAAGAGGAUGCAGAGUCACUGCAACUCUGCUAUGAGACCACUCGCUGCCAGGGGGGUGGCCGCAAGGCCAGGAACUCUCCAUGACUUUCAUAGCCAUGAAAUUGCCGAACAACUUACUCUCCUGAAUGCAGAACUUUUCUACAAGAUUGAGAUCCCCGAGGUUUUGCUGUGGGCAAAAGAGCAAAACGAGGAGAAGAGCCCAAAUCUGACACAGUUCACAGAGCACUUUAACAACAUGUCCUACUGGGUCCAAUCUAUCAUCAUGCUUCAGGAGAAGGCACAGGACCGGGAGAGGUUGCUGCUUAAAUUCAUCAAAAUUAUGAAGCACCUGAGAAAACUGAACAAUUUUAAUUCCUACCUUGACAUCCUCUCUGCCCUGGAUUCCGCCCCCAUCCGUCGGCUGGAGUGGCAGAAGCAGACAUCAGAGGGGCUUGCUGAAUACUGCACUCUGAUUGACAGCUCGUCGUCUUUCCGGGCCUACCGUGCAGCGCUCUCUGAAGUUGAGCCGCCGUGUAUACCAUACUUGGGUCUAAUCUUACAAGACCUUACGUUUGUGCACCUGGGAAAUCCAGACCACAAUGAUGGGAAAGUGAACUUCUCUAAACGGUGGCAACAGUUCAAUAUCCUGGACAGCAUGAGACGUUUCCAGCAAGCGUAA